UCGAGUCACUCGAAAAAGUUUUUACGGGCAGGGCAGCUCCAAAAAAAAUAAAUUUCAGAGUUCUAUUUCUAAUUGUUCUUAAAUAAAUUACUUAAAUAAGAAAUACAUUAGAAAUUGGUCAAUUAGAUUAAAUGCAGUAGUUAAAUUGCAUCAGUUAACUUGAAUGUUCUGUGAUUCAUACAUAAAUAAGUGCCCGUUUUAUACUCAUUACAUCUAGGAUAUAUACCCAGACUGAAGGAUGUCGAAAAACAAGUUGAACCUUACCUUGCCACCAGGAUCUGUCGACUCGACAGCCCAGCAAGUGGUUCCAACGCCUCCUUUCAAAACUCCAUCUGGCACCGAAAAACAUAGUUUGCUGGGGAAACCAAAGACUAGCAUUGAAGCUCUAACCGAGACGCUCGAGGAGCUCGAAAUGGAUGAUACCGCACGAAAGCGCAUCAAAGUAUUCCUCAGCCAAAAGGAGAAAAUUGGCGAGUUAAGCGAUGAGGAUUUAGAAAAACUGGGUGAAUUAGGAUCCGGAAACGGAGGUGUUGUAAUGAAAGUCAGACACAUUCCAACUCAACUUAUAAUGGCCCGCAAAUUGAUUCAUUUGGAAGUGAAACCGGCUAUUAAAAAGCAAAUCAUCAGAGAAUUGAAAGUAUUGCAUGAAUGCAACUUCCCACACAUUGUUGGUUUUUAUGGAGCUUUCUAUAGCGAUGGAGAAAUAAGUAUUUGCAUGGAAUACAUGGAUGGCGGAUCACUUGAUCUCAUAUUAAAACGUGCUGGUCGAAUACCAGAGUCAAUAUUGGGAAAGAUAACUUUAGCUGUGCUAAAAGGAUUGAGCUAUUUACGCGACAAGCAUGCAAUUAUGCACAGAGAUGUAAAACCAAGUAAUAUUUUAGUUAACAGCAGCGGCGAAAUAAAGAUCUGUGAUUUUGGAGUUUCUGGUCAGUUGAUUGAUUCGAUGGCGAACUCUUUUGUUGGAACGCGUAGUUAUAUGUCGCCAGAGCGGUUGCAAGGCACUCAUUAUUCCGUUCAGUCAGACAUCUGGUCACUUGGUCUGUCGUUAGUUGAAAUGGCUAUUGGUAUGUAUCCAAUUCCUCCGCCUGAUGCUAAUACCCUCAAAGCAAUAUUUGAUGAAAAUACCGAGGAGGGUAAUCAGGCAACAGUCGAACCCAAAAAUAUGGCAAUUUUCGAACUAUUAGAUUACAUAGUUAAUGAACCUCCACCCAAGUUAGAGCAUAACAUUUUUACUGAAGAUUUCAAAAAUUUUGUGGAUAUUUGUCUUAAGAAAAACCCAGAUGAGAGAGCUGAUCUCAAAACACUUUUGAACCAUGCAUGGAUUCGAAAAGCUGAAGUGGAAGAAGUCGAUAUUGCUGGAUGGGUAUGCAAGACUAUGGAUUUGCCACCUUCAACACCAAAGAGAAAUACAUCACCCAAUUGAUUUGAUUCUCUUUUAAUUUAAAUUUUAAGAAAAAGUCUUGUGUUUAUAUACAUAUUUGUUAAAAAUCACACUUUGCUCUUUUGAUUCAUUUUAGUCAGCCAGCAGUAUAAGAGUAUUAUUAUGUUUUUUUUUAUAGAUCUUCAACUAAAAACACUCAUAAAAUCUCCAUUAACGACAAACAAUAGCAAAAAAGAAGAGAACAUGGAAGAAGUGUGGUUUUUCUUCAAGUUAAUUGAAACGUUACUUGGGUCUACCUGUAUGAUUUUCCACA